AUGCUCUCAACCCGACGUCUUCUGCCGAAACUCGUCGCCGCCACGUCAUCAUCGGCGGCUCCGCCCAUUUCUUCUUCUUCUGGAACACUCCAGAAGAGGGACUACUUCACGAGACACGUGCCCGAACCGAAAAUGCAGAUUCAUUUACCCAAUGCGCAAGGUUUGCGCCCUUUUUUGACACGUUUGAUAAAAACAAAAACACUAUUGCUCCUUUCAAAUCUCGAACCUUCUUUCUCGCAAAACUUUCAAAGCCUAAAUACGACAAUUUCAACGCGUAUUUCUCCAGCAAAAUGGGAACGUUUUAUCUGAAAAUUGUCUAAAACAAGAAUAGAAUUGUGCAGACGUGACGAGCGAGUCGCUAGUGCUUGCGGAGCAUCAGCAGCCGGACGAAAAGAAGCCGGUGGUGCUGGUGGUCGGGUGGGCGGGCGCCAAUCCGAAACACAUCGACAAGUACAUCAAGAUCUACAACGACGAGGGGUACGUCGUUUUUGAUUCUUGUUCUUUUUGCACUGAACUGUUCCAGGUACCGAGUGGUUUCGCUGUGCCCGCCGUGCUAUCACUACAGUAUCCCGAACUCGCGCGUCGGUUUCUACAUGUCGCCCCUCUUCAGAGCCAUCGACGCCAAACCGGGAGACUUUCGCUCGUUCGCACAGUGGUCAGUCGCUUGUGAAACAAGUUCGAAACGUUCAAAAUCGGUUUCCUGAAAAUUGCAGCCCGAUAAUAAUCCACUCGUUCUCGAUGAACGGCGUGCGCGGCCUCAUUUCGUUCUGGAAAUGGACGGAGGCGGAAGAGAAGCCGCAACUGAGAAACCGCAUCAAAGGAAUCAUCUUCGACAGGUUCGCUGCCCUUUCCUUUCAUUUUUUUGGACUGUUUGCUAGUAAGCCAGUCUUAUGGGGUUAUUCAGGCUGUGAAAAAAAAAGAUUUUUUUCCGUUUUUUUUUCGUUUUUUUACGUCAAAAAACCCAAUUCAGCGGUGUAAAAAAACGAAAAAAAAACGGAAAACAAACAUACGCUGAAUAGCCCCAUGAAAACCAUCGAGGUUUCACUUUUUGUGGUGUUCGAAUAGUCGGAGAAGCAAAUGUUUCAAAGUGUUUGUGUUCAGUGCGCCGUCGCGGCCGUACGGAAAGCAGGACGCGACGGCGAUGGUCAUCUCGACGCCUCCGAUCGAUGCGUUGGAGCGGUGGAUCAGCGAGCAGACGAGGAUCUCCGUCCUCACUUUCUUCCUCAAUCUACGAGCCACUCUGGUGAGGUUUUUUUGGGCGAAAAAGUGCUACAAAAAUUGCAAUUCUCCGGUCUUUGUCCUGGACUUUUGACCCACUUGCAAUCAUUCGAUCGGACCCAAACUUUGCAGGCUUUUUGAACUUGGAUUGAAGUAUAUUGGGACCGAGUUUCAGCCCGAUCGGAUCAUCUGGUCCCGACAUAUGUGGAUUAUAGGCCAAAGUCGGCCUUCAAACACUACAUCUCGGGAGUAAAUAAUCCGAUCGGGCUGAAUCUUGGUCCCAACGUCCAAAAAGCCGGCAUAGUUUGGAUCCGAUCGGAAUAUUGCAAGUGUGUCAAAAGUUCAGCCCUUGUUCGUGAAGAAAUGGUCAAUAUUGCAGCAAAUCCCGCUGCUCGCGAUGGUUCCGUUCCUCCGAUCGUUCAUGUCCAUCUACUAUUAUCUGCAGGAACACAUUGUCCUGCCCAGAGAUCAAUUGUAUUUGUACUCGAAAGCAGACACUAUGAUCAAGGCAAAGUACGUACAAUGUCCCUCAAUUAACUGAAAAACAAGCGAAUAAUUGCAGACACGUGGAAAAGUUCAUCGCAAAGCAGAAAGAGAAGGGAAACGCGGCGACGGCCAUCGAUUUCGGCGACUCGGAACACGUGGCACACAUCCGAACGGACCCGCAAAAGUACCGAAACGCGUGUGUCAAUUUUGUGAAGCACGUCGAAGCCACCUACAAAUGA